UGGUUUUCCAGCUCUACUUUGAUUCUUUUUAAUUUAAUUAUUUCGCAUUUUUAAUUAAAAAAUCGUGUAGAAAAGAUGGGAUGUGAAUAUCGACGUAAUGGAAAGUAGAGCAUUUAAAAAAAAUUAAAUGAUUUAUAAUAAGAUGAGGAAAAUAAUAAGAGUGAAAGACGAGGGGGAGAUAGAAAGCGGACGAUGAUGGAGAUGGUUUCUUUGUCAUUAUCUCAGCACUUCCCGUGGCGGUGGGACCCGGUUUCGCCGGGAUCUGGCUCUCUGGUCUUUCGGGUCGUCACGGCCGCCACGUCCGUACACUUCUGCCACCGCGUCCGCCGCCAGAUUCCCCUCGGCUUCGUACUCCGGUCUUCCCUUAAGAAACUUCAUCAUCUAUCUGAGGUUGCUUGUCUGAAGGCUUUGGGCCGUCAGAGUGUCUUCCAAUGCAACGGGACUGAUUUUUUAAACACUAGAGUUAGUAGUAUCCUUCUGUCUCCAAAUUCAUUAUCCGUAUGCUUCUCCAAUGGAAGAGAGAGUAGAAUUGGUCCUAUAGAUGAGGAAGGGCCAUCAAACCAUGACACUUCAAGGAGAAAUUCGCGUAAUCGAAGGAGAUGGACCGACGUUCUCCUCGCCAUCAACAUAUUAAUGUAUAUUGCUCAAGUUGCAACACAAGGGAAGGUAUUGAUUUGGGGAGCCAAGGUUAAUAGUUUGAUUAACAAAGGCCAGCUAUGGAGACUUGCAACCUCUUCUGUCCUACAUGCAAAUCCUAUGCAUCUCAUGAUAAAUUGUUAUUCUUUGAAUUCUGUUGGGCCAACAGCAGAGAGUAUAAGCGGUCCAAAGAGAUUUCUCGCGGUUUACUUGACCUCUGCAAUCGCAAGUUCAGCAAUGAGUUACUGGUUGAACAAAGCACCUUCGGUUGGUGCAUCGGGUGCAAUAUUCGGAUUAGUCGGGUCAGUUGCUGUGUUUGUGCUGAGACACAAAGGGAUGGUCCGAGGUGGUAAUGAAGAUCUUCAGCAGAUAGGCCAAGUCAUCAUCCUAAACAUGGCCAUGGGGCUAAUGUCGAGAGGAAUCGAUAACUGGGGACAUAUUGGCGGUUUGCUUGGUGGGGCGGCCAUGUCGUGGCUUGUAGGACCAGCGUGGAAAUACGACUACAUAUCCAAAGAGGGUCGGAGAAUCUUCAUAGACAAAGCUCCUAUCUUCCUCCUCACCCGACCGAGGAAUGAACCGAGAAAGCUUUGACUGUAACUUUUAAAAGCUCUCUAUCUUUACUGUCAUCCUCUUGAUCUCCUCUCUCAUGGCACUACUGUGUAUCUAUGUUGUUUACUGGAAACGGAAUUAAACAAAUUGUAAAAACAAUGCAUACAAUAUUUUGCAAAGCCAUUAUUGAUUGAUAUAACCAAACCCAUUUUAUUGUC